CGCUGCUCCCCUUCCCCAGCCCAGCACGGCUCCAGCCACUGCACAGAGCAGAAGCACAGCCAGGAGCACUCCUUGGAGCAGAGAUGCUUUGCCGCCUGCACUUUAUGCCGCCCAUGUCCAGCUCGCUGUUCCCGUGGCUGGGACCCGUCCGCACCCUCUGGCCACAUCCAGGCACCCUCUUCGCCGAGCUGGAGCGGGAGAUGCGUCUGGAGAUGGAGAGGGCUCGGGAGUUCAUGAGCAGCGUGGAGCAGUACCUGAGCAGCGGGAGCAGCCCCGGCCGGCUCGGCAUCGCCUCCAGCACCAGCGCAGCGCUGCCCCAGAGCUCUGGGGACGGCUUCUCUGUCUGCCAGGACGUGAAGGACUUUGCCCCCGAGCAGCUGUCGGUGAAGGUGGUGGGCAGGAAGGUGGUGCUGGUGGGGCAGAAGGAGACGCAGAGCACAGACGAGAAGGGCUCCUUCUCCUACAAGUACGAGGUGCUGAAGCGGGAGUGGGACGUGCCCGAGGAGGUGGACGCCGAGGCGCUGACCUGCUCCCUGUCCAAGGAUGGGCAGCUCCGCAUCGAGGCCCCCAAGCUGGCACUGCCAGCUGCUCCCGAGAGGAAUGUGCCCAUCCAGAUGGGGCCGGCGGUGGCACAGCAAGCUGGCAGCGCUGAGGAGGGAGCCGAGCGGGCCAAGGCGUGAAGAGGAGCGACGGGGACCAGGCUGAGCCUGGCGACGGGGGCAGCUGCUGGCCGCUGAGCGGGACUGCGCCAUGGCCCCGGGCGUGGUGUCUGCCCAAAACAUGCGGCUUUUUUUGAUAUGUAAUAAAUAUUCCUAACUUUUA